GCUGCCCUGUGGGUGUGAAAGUGUGGAGAUUGAGGGGAGGGAGUUGAAAUGCCCAUCACUUUGGGGCGCAUUGGAAAGUAGCACUUCCACCCCACUCCUAGUGGAGCCUCACGCCUCCCUGACCAGUAAUGGCAGAGAGUUCGGACAAAGUGCCCAUCGCUCUAGCAGGCCCAGAAGACGUGGAGCAGUGUCGUCCACCCGCGUACACAGCGGUGGCAGUGAGACCCUCCAGCCCAGGGCGGCUGCUCAAGGUCGGAGCCGUGGUCCUCAUUUCGGGGGCGCUGCUGCUGCUCUUCGGGGCUAUCGGUGCCUUUUACUUCUGGAAGGUGAACGACAAACAGAUUUACAAUGUCCAUUAUACCAUGAGUAUUAAUGGAAAAAUACAGGAAGGAUCAAUGGAAAUAGAUGCUGGGAACAACUUGGAGACCUUUAAAAUAGGAAGUGGAGCUGAAGAAGCAAUUGAAGUUAAUGAUUUCCAGAAUGGCAUCACUGGAAUCCGUUUUGCUGGAGGAGAAAAAUGUUAUAUUAAAGUCCAAGUGAAAGCUCACAUACCUCAGGUGGAUGCCAAGACUAAACAGAGCAUCAGCUCAGAACUGGAAGGCAAGCUCAUGCCAGUUAAAUUUGAAGAAAAUUCUCUAAUCUGGGUAGCUGCUGACCAGCCUGUUAAGGAUAACAGCUUCCUGAGUCCUAAAAUCUUAGAACUUUGUGGAGACCUCCCUAUUUUCUGGCUUAAACCAACACACCCAAAAGAAAACCAAAGAGAACGAAGAGAAAUUGUUAGAAAAAUUCGUCAAGCUACUACAAGAAGAGCAAACAGUGGGCCACAGGGUAAUCCAAGCUCUGGAAGGCCAGUAAAUGAAACAAGGCCCAGUGUUCAGGAGGAUACAGAACCCUUCAAUCCCGAUAAUCCUUACCAUCAACUAGAAGAAGGUGAAGGCAUGACGUUUGACCCACGACUAGAUCAUGAAGGCAUCUGCUGUAUUGAAUGCCGGAGGAGUUACACUCACUGCCAGAGAAUCUGUGAGCCUUUGGGUGGAUACUUUCCAUGGCCUUACAAUUACCAAGGCUGUCGAUCAGCUUGCAGAGUAGUCAUGCCCUGUAGCUGGUGGGUGGCCCGUAUCUUGGGUAUGGUGUGAGAUGGUUUCCUAUCCUAGAUACAAUAACUAAGGCAAGAAAAAAAUGUGAUGAAAUGAGGAGAUUACAGCUAAAGAAGUGUGGAUAUUCUCCGGAGUUGGGGACAUUGAAGUAUAUAGUCAUGUGUCAUAACUAGGUCAUUCUAGACGCCUUUAUAUUUUCUACUGCUUUAAAUUUUCGAUGAUGCAAAAUAUAUUUUCUCCCAACAAUGAGAAAAAUUCACCAAAAGGGCAAUGUGACACCAGAAACACACAUUAAUCUCUUUCUCUUUUGCUGUGCAAUUUGGUCUGUCAAUAGUACAGUUUGUUUAUAAAUAUCACCAUCUCUCUGUUCUGAGAUACACGUGAAAAGUUAUGUAGUUAGUCUAAAACUCAACUUCUACAUUUGGAAGUACAUUUCGAACCAAGUAACUGACCAAAAUAAAUCACGAGUCAAGUUGUCCCCAUUAUUAUUCACACCAAGUUUUCAUAUUGUUUUAAGACAGUCAUAGCUCAUCCAUUUCCAGCAAAUAUGCUCCAUAGGCUAUAAAAAUGUAAGAGAGAGAAGAACCAAAAGAAACUGAAAGAAUAAACUGUAGAAUGGAAUGUGCUCACAUAAAUGCUAUCUAUGCAUCUCAAAGUGGUGGCAACAUGGGAAGUUCUUUAUAGAGUAUGGUACAGAAUGCCAAAAUCUUUAAACAUCAUCACCUCAAAGAAAAUAUCUUUAGGAUGAACAUAGUCAAAUUUAACCAAAGGCAAAUCUUUCAAAGGGUGGGGAAGACAGGCAGAGAGAACUCUUUAUCAAAAUUUAGAAAAGCAGAUAAUCAGAUUUUUCAGCCUGCUUCCAAUAAAGGGUCACCAGGAAUAAGGAAAGUUAGUCAUUUCUACCUUUGUAGUACAAAUCAGGCUGCUAGAGUAGUCCAAUUAUUAAUAAAAUCCCUCACUUGGUAAUAGGGCUAGUGCUGUUGCUUGGAAGAUAUAGCCUAGGAGGAAUAACAAAUAUCUUUUGAAAUUAAAAUAUUUCUCUAACGAGAGCAUGAAGAAAUUUUACAAUUUUUGACAUUUAAGUUCUGAGUGCCACAAUUUUAGAGAGCUAUAAAAAUACUUUUCUAAAGAAAAAAUCAAAAGUUGCUUUUCGGGAGAUUCAUAAAUAUGAGCCGAGGAAGGAGAAAGGAAGGUCAUCAUGCCCUUGAAACAUCACUAAUCUCUCAACAUAAUAAUUCUGAAUAAACCAUACUUAUUUCUGAUGUGAAAAUACUUAUUUUUAAUAAAUUACACAUUUCUGCCAACAAAAGUAUAUAAAAAUACUGAAAUAUUUUUACCUUUUUCUUUCUAACUUGGUUAUUGAGUCCAUGUUCACACACUUGCAUUCAAUGAAAUGGGACAUGAAGCACUGCAGCAAGUUGGUUCUACAGAGGAACCAAGAGGAAGCAAGAGUUUAAAACAAAAAUAAAAUAUGUACUGCUUUCUGUCUUGAGUAGGUGAGAGGAAAGGGAGGGAAGGGAGAAAAAUUUGGAACUCAAAAUUUUAUCAAAACAAAUGUUGAAAACCAUCUUUACAUGUGACUGGAAAAAAAUACUAUUAAGAUUGGGGAAAAAAUCUGUACAGUUAGCAUAUUCUCAGGCAAUAGAGAAUCUUUAAAGAAUGUAAUGUUAAUGGACAAUUAAAAAUAGUAAAACACGCUCUUCUCAAUGGUUGUCAUUCUAUUAUAGAAGACAUUCUCAAAUGAUAUACUUUGUCAGAAACUACAUAAAGUAAUAGAAAUAACUUAAGAUGGAACCGUCUAAGGAGUUGAAAAAUCAUUAAAUACAAACUAAAAGAACAUCAUCUGGGGACAGCUAGG